GUCGAGCUCCAAGGCAACGCCGUGGCUUUACUCAGGAGUCAGGAUCAUGGGGAUGUCUCUCCCGACACAGAAAGCGGAGGGAAAUUUGAAAUUCUUCGAAAUGAUGAACAGCAACUCGACCUGAGAUGAUUGAAGAUGAUGCAUGAUGAUUUCCCCAUCAACACCUAGCAAGGGAGUACGCUAACGUUAUCGAUUAAAGAUGGAGCUGAAGCUGGAGGUUGUGUUGUCAUCGAGCAUCAAACGGAAGAAACCAUGGCCACGGUUCUGUUGGCUCGGAUUGGAGAAGGAGUCUGUUUUCCUGCUGGAUGACAAGCGGAUCAGUGAGAUCAACAUGGUGUCUGGACGCACCAAGAAGAAGACCCCCAAGCUGCAGCCCCUGCUCCCCAGGGUGGUAACCAUGGCCGCAUCCCAGAACGGUGUGUGGCUUGCCGGAUUGCUGGUCUCAGGAGAGAUGUUUCUAUGGAGCAGGGACAAAGACUUCUUGAAGACCGUGGCAGCAGUCCCGACAGAAGCUCAGCUCGUCACUGCAGCACAGGGGUCUGGCGUGUGCCUGUCUCUGGUGGUUUCAGGGGAUGGGAUGCGGGUGCUGCUGUUGACUGUGACAGGGCAGGUGUUCCUGUGGGAGUGUGUGGACGUGCGUGACCUGUCAGGGGUACGGGAUGGUACUGCUAGAGGACGCUGGGCUCAGAUACAGCACCCUGGAAACACUGCUCUGCCAUCCCCAAAGGACAAGGAGGCAUCUCAACACAGCAUCUUCGUCAGAGGGGAGGCAGUGGGUGAUAUCUGCUUGUCAGCUUUUGUUUUCACCUCGGAGGUGGAGCUAAGUGUCACUUUCUUAAAGAUCCAAUGGGAGGAGGGUCAGAGGAGCAGUCCUGUGGGGUACAGUGUACGCUGGGUCACUAAGACAUACCCCAUGUCCUGCCUCACACCACCCUGUCGUCCAGUGAGGUCCAGGGGGUCACUGGUGCCAGCCUUCUCCCCUGAUGGCCUGCUGUUAGCUGUAGUCCUGAACCAAAGAGACCCCAGGGCUACGCAGGUUCUCUUUGUCAGCACUCAGAACUUUAUGAUUGUCUCCAGUGGACUGGGGGGAUGUGGCAGCAAGAAACUCGUCAUUCCUUCUAAAUAUGUGAGGUCGUACUGGGUGGGCAGUGUGAGCUGGGCUGCGGGAGGGCUCUACCUGGCCUGUGUGCUGAAGAGGGGCUCCUUCCUCAUGCUGGCUCGUCUGGGGGGGCUGCUCUCUCUGUCUACCUCAGGGUGCAAUGUGGACUUUGGCCCUGCUCACUUCCUGCCCCUGCAUCCGCUAGUCACUUACAGACCUCCAGUCUCUGUCGGGGGGGCUGGGGUUGACCCUCUGUCCAGCUCCAGCCUGUCUGUACGGGAUGUCCUGAGACAGCGCUACUCGGUGACCUGGCACCCGCGGCUGCCCUACCUCAUUGUGUCUGAUGGCUACAUGGCCACAGUGCUGCGGGUACCUGAGCAGCCCUCCCCCGCCACCCUCCUCAGGGCUCUGCUGCACGACACCAGCCAGGGCCUGGAGACUGCCAGCCGGGCACUGGAGCGAACACAGCCCCAUGCCAGGGCGUGGCUGGAGUCCAUAUCCUGUCUGAAUCCUAGUAGCAGUCUGCAGGAGCUGAGAGCCAGGGCCACACCUGUACCUACCCCAACAGCCACAGCUACAUCCACCCUGCCCCUCUUCCUGCAGGACCAGGGAGGCCUGGGGGACACCAGGGAGCUGAUCCAGAGAGUUCAGGCUUUGUUUGAGGAUGACUCUGAUCUUGAAGGACCGCCCGCUGGUUCACAUGUGGAGGACCGAGGACGGCUGGAGUUUGCCUCCAUGUUCGACACCCUCCAUGCCCUCUCAGACACCCUGGCUGAUCUUGACCCCAGUCCUCGCCCUGACCCUGAUGCUAGCUCUGCGGACUCAGAGAGGASUCCCCCAACCCUCCCUCCUGAGCUCCGGGGGGUCCAGGGCAGCUUGCUGACAGCGUGGGCUCUGGGUGUGUCAUUAGGUGGCGUUGUGGAGCAGAGAGAGUGUCUGCUGAAGCACACGGUCCGCUGUGCGGUCCGCUUCGCUGCUCUCCUCCGUCUAAUUUCCAUCCCCAGCUYCCACACGGGAAAGAGAAAGAACAGCUCCGUUCCCUUCUCCUCCCGCCUCCUCCAGCUCCUCAGAAGCCUUCUCUCUUUCCUCCCCUGGGGUGCCCCUCACACAGGGGGGAGGAGUUUCUUGGGUUUGGUUGUGGAGCUUACUCAACAGCUAGUGGGUCUGCUCCUCACCUCGCCCCCUGACCUCUAUCAGACUGGCCAGGCUAGCUCUGAGCCCUCCUCCCAGACCCUGUCCACAGCUCUGCUCCUCCUGCAGCUGACCUCCCACAGUAUGGACCACACCUACAGCCUCCAGCAGAAAUGUGCCCACACAGAUGUCUACUGUGUGCUAUUCCUGCAGGAGGAGGGAGGGGGGCCAUCACAACAGGAUCUGCCUCUCCACCAGCGGCCCUCUAGCAGGUUGCGGGGAGCGUGGCGUGCAGUAUACAGGCACACCCUGCAGUACUGGGAGGAGCUGAAGUACCGUAGGAGUGGUACGGGCUGGGAGGAGGAGCAGGGCCGUGUGUCUGUCAUCCUGUCCCAGAUCCAGACAGCUCUACAGGGGAUGGGAGAAAGGCUGGAGGAAGGGCCCACUCUGCUGAGCUAUACAGGGGAACAGCACUUCCUGUUUGGUUCCUACUCAGAGAGUGUUCAGGCUUGGAGAGCUGAGCUGUGGGCAGAGAGAGAGAGAGAUGGGCCUCGGAGUGCGUUCUUGGAGACACGUCUGUUGCUGUCCCUGCUGUAUGGACUGCUGUUCCAGUACCAUCUGAAAGAGGCCCAGGGGCUGGGGGACCACAUGGCYCGUCUGCUACUCCAUCAGGCUGGACCACAUGGGGACGAUAGUGCCCACAACGCUGAGGAGGCUCUUCCUGGCUCCUGGCUGCCUGAAGAGGUCCACAGGGAGGCAGCCUGUGCUGUAGUACAGACUCUGGGAAGGUUCAUGGCCUCAUAUUUCACCAACCAGCCCCUUCUCAUCCUGCCCCCUCACAGUGUGGAUGUACUGCCUCCCUUACACCUCCCCCGUGCCCCAGGUGUUGGGCGCCUGGUGCCCCUGUGCCAGGAGGGCGUGGCAGGGGCGGUGCGGGGUCAGCAGCUGUCAGAGGUGUGGACGGUGGGCUAUGCCCUGGACCUGCUGCUACAAGGGGGGCUGCUGCCGGAGGCCACCUGGCUGGCUCAUCGUCUGGGGGACUGGAAGACUGCAGUCUCCCUGGGCCUGGCUUACACCACCUACUCCACAGAGCACUGCGACUUCACCGGGCUCAGGUGGCGAGAACUACAUCUCUCAGCAGCCCUUGAGCCUGUGAGCCUCUUUCAAGGUCAGCUAGAGUCUCUACUGGGCAGGAAGGCCAGGUCAGAGGAGACCCAAGGAGACGAGGAGAACUACAAGAGCUUCACAGACUCUCUGGAGGGUGAGGAYGUGGAGUUGUUGCAGGGUUCAGUGCAGGAGAUCCUGAAGGCRUCAGUCAUGGCUGGGGUAGAUGUGUUGUCCCAGCCCCUGGGUGCUCUACUGGACUCAGCCAAAGACCUGUCCUCCUGCCUUCCUGCUCUGGUGCCUAUGGGCCUGUACCUGCCUGCACCGCCACUCUACUGCCCCCAGCCUGCACCCAACACACAGGACCCGUCAGGGGGGUUUGGGCAGCUGUUGGAGGGGGCGUCCCGUCACAGGGUGUCAGGGGUCCUMCAGAGGGUGCUGCUGCUCCUGAGGUCUGCCCGCUGCUCCCGUCCAGCUGCCCAGUGGUACAUCAGCCACCUGCGACGCUCCCGACAUCGCCUAGACAAGGAUAGCAGGGGGGAAGAGGAGCUAGGGGGAAAACGGAAGAGGGGCAAGAGGACUGGAACGGGUAAGAACAGGAUAGCAGGGGGGGAAGAGGUGGAGACAGGGGUAAGAACACGGAUAGCAGGGGGGGAAGAGGGCUGGAGAACAGCCCGGGGUAAAAACAGGGAUCAGACAGGCGGGGAGAGGCUGGAGAAGGCAGGUAAGAACAGGAUACGCCAGGCGGGGAAGAUGGGCUGGAGACAGGGGGUAAAAUCAGGAAUAGCAGGUGGCGAAGAUGGGCUGGCACUACAGGGGGCGAGAAACUUAGUCUGCUUCAGGGAGCUGUGUGGCCUGUGUUGGAUGCUGAAUGUCAGAGACCAGCUCUCAAUGUCUUGCAGGAAGUAUCAGGCUGCAAGGAACCAUGGGAGAGAUCCCCAGGUCCCAGCAGAUGACAGCGAGGUGACCGCAGCCUGCGAGGAGGCUCUCCACUGGGCCUGUCGUUUCCUUCCCUUCUCCCGAUUCCUCAAUGCUGAGGAGAUCAUCCAGGACACCCUCCUCAGCUUGGUCUCUGAACUACCCCCUGUAACCCUGGUGGCAGAGACUCUGGUGCAGGCCUUCCCUGAGGAGGAGGAGUCAGUCAGGGUCCCUCUGAGAGAGAAGUACAACUCMCUCCUGCGGAGACUGAGGCACUGCACUGUCCCAGCCUCAGGACAGAACGGUAACAAGAGRGAUGAGGAGGAGGGAGAGGAGGUGAUGAUGAUUCUGGUGCAGGAGCGGCUCAGACAGAGGAGGAAGGACCUGAAGCGUCUGGCCAGGCACCUGGCUCCCCUGGAGCUCUACCUAUGGGAGAGGGAGGAGGAGCAGGACAGGAGGGGAGGAGGGCAGGGGGCUGUAGCCCUGCUAGAGAGAUUCUCCCUGGGGGCCAGUCUGAGUAACAGCACCCUGACGGACUGUGGGCGCCCCCUGGUGUACAGCGAUGGAGACACGGCCGAGAACUCCGUGGCUCUCUCUCCUGACCUGCACAGCAGGCCUCCUCACAGCAUCAGCAAGAGAGUGAGGGUGCAGGACCGAGCAGACAAGCCUGGAAGUCAAGUAGAAGUAGUUGAGGGUGGGAGCAUCCAGGAGGAAGACCAGAGCUGCACRGGCCCAGCCCAGGACCCUGCUGUGGGGGAGGACAGCCCCUCUCUGACCCUGCCCGUGGUGGGGACCUGGGAGUUUGAGCUGGAGGAUGAGGAGUACCUGCGUUUCCUGGAGCUCUUCCUCAGCUACGUGUUGGAGAAGGACGGCCCUGACCCAGACGCAGGCAGUGACCCUCCCCUGCUGAAGGGCUUCUGUAGCCAGCUGAGAGAGCGAGAGCUGCACUCCCUCACCUUCGAUGUCCUCACCACCCUCCGCCGUCGCCAGAGAGAUGGGCGCCAAGCGACCAGGAGGCAGGGGGGCAGUGACGYCCCCGUGUUCAGAGCAGGACACUGCUACAAACCAGUACUCCUUACCACCCCUUCGUUUCUCCACAGUGAGCCCCCUACACCCAGACCCAGCAUGUCUGUCAGUGUCCUGUCYCUUCCUGGGCUCAGGACCGGCAGGGAGCAGGGGUUGUUUGGCUUCAGUCUGCAGGCCAGGCCAGCCAGCCCACGUCCAGAACCCACACCUCAAAGAAGCCGCCUCGGCUCGAAGUCUAGCCCCAGUCAGAGUUCUGUUCCCUGGGAGCAACCAUCGGAGGGCUGGGCGUUCGGGCCCCUGUGCUCCGUGGAGGCUGUAGAACUGCAGCAGGAGCUGGAGCCCAAGCUGGAGGCCCAGUUCCCAGGGCUGGGCAGGCUUCUGGAGUGGAUGGUGCGCUGGGCUGAUAAGAAGGUGUUGCUGGGACAACCCAGCCGGAUGAAGGAGAGGGAGGCGGGUGGAGGAGAGGUAGCUGGAGGUGGGGUGGUUAUUCGGGUCAAAGCCUCGGCUCCUGCGGUGCUCACGGCCCUCAGCAUGUUGGAGCACAGGUACACCACYGCCCUGCUAGGCAUGGACCACUACAGCGCAAAUUUACAGGUUCCAGAGAGGCAGUGGACAGUGGCUCCAGUGUUGCAGCCUGAGGUGGGCUGGAAGCUGGAGAGGGAGAGCAGUGUGGAUACAGGUUACCCUGCAUCAGCUGGCACACCCAUUACUCUGCCAGACCAGGAUCCCCAACACUGCGAACUGUCCUAUGGGUCACAGACUGAGGGGGUGGAACGAGUGACAUCCCAAGAGACCUCACAGCUUUCUGACCCUGUGGGAGUGACCUUAAUAAACCCUGAGAGUGGGGUGGCAGACUUCCCAGACAACAAGCUUGACCUUUCUGCUGAAAAAGGAGAGGACAGCAAUGCUGACGAGGCCUUGAGGUCAUCAGCCUCUCUCGCCAUCCCCAACAUCUCUGUCCACAUCAAGAGCCUCCGUCCAACACAGAGCCCACCAGGCCAGGCAUUAACGCUGGCAGAUCUACGGUGCUCAGAGAGGGAAGAGGACAUUGUCAGCUCUCAAGAGGAGGAAGAGAAUCUGCUGUCUCAUGGCUCCCUGAGAAGACCAUCAGAUAUUACUGAAGAAGUGACAAGAAAUAUAACUCCGAGUGAGGGUUCAGUAUCAGACGUCCCUCCCCGUGCCAGCUUCCAACACCUUCCCGUGGCAGAGCCUCAGGCUGGGGCUCAGGCAGCAGACUCUGCCCCUAACGGCGGGCUGCCCCAGGGGAGCACCAAUACGACCCCUGCCUCUGCUCCCAUCCAGACCCUGCCUGCCCAGACAGACCCUGUCAGACAGCUCUUGCAGGAUGAGCUAUUCAGACUGGUCCAGUUGCAGCAGAUCAACUUCAUGAGUUUGAUGCAGGUGGUCGGAGCGUCGUUUGUCAACCUCCCAGUGUCACAGAACAACACACUCCCGGCCCAGUCCAAUGUGCCCUAUCCACACCCCAAUGCGCCCCUGUCCCACCCUAACACUCUCCUCCCUCACCUGAAUCUGACCCCCUCCCAGAACAACAUGUCCCCUAUGCCCCAGACCCAGAGCUCGGUUCAGGCCUCGGAGCCCCCGUCUGGGGGAGACAGACCCACAGACCAACCCCCCAUCCACGAAAUGCAGCCAUUGGCCGUCCACCCUGAGCCGUUGAGAGAUAUCCAGGGGGAGACCAGGACGUUGAUCUCAUCCUCUCAUGGGCUUCAGACCACUGUGGACCCCACCUGCAGUGCCCCUCUGCUACUGCCCUCUGGUGGUAGCUCACAGGUUCCUGCUCCCUACAGCUCAGGACUGAAGCUCCUUCAGCUGCACCCUCCCCUGCUGUCCCUCCAGCGGCAUGGUAACACGGCCCCUGUGCGUGAGGCCUGGGGACCCCCGUCUGAGAGGAGACCCAGCACUACUGUGCCCCCCCACCUGAACCCCAGCCAGUAUGACCCAGCCGCUCUGAGGAGGGCAGAGGAGAGAACGAGGGAGGCAGAGAGAGAGUCCACCGCGCCACCAUCACACCUCAAUCUGACACAGUAUGCCCACUAUCCCUCCAACCAGGCCCCCAGGAACACACUGCCCCCGCUCCAGAAUCCAGAGACCAGGGUGGAGAGGUCCAGAGGGGCUGAGCCCCCUCACCUCCCUCCUACCCUCCCAUCACACAGACCUCCCCCUGUCCACGGCCUCCCCCUCCUCCGCUUCCACCCUGACCCACGCCCCCCUACGACCUUCGCCCUCAUACCCUUCCCACACUCCUCCAGACCCCUGACUGUCACCCCAGCAGCCACGGGCCACAACCCCAGACUACAGUUACUCCAGAGAGACCCAGACCCUCCUAGGAUGAUGCUGCCCGAAGCCACCCCUCCGGCCCGCGUGCCACGUCUCAUCCCUCUGGGAGAGCUGAUGGGCUGGGCUGCAGGGAGACAGAGGGGGGCAGAGGCCAGACUCCAACUCCUCAGAGUGGCCCCACCGGCACAGAACCCUACCCCAGCAACACCCUCCACCAGCACCAACUCCAGCAGGAGGCAGAAGAGACAAGUGGAGAGGUUGAAGAGAGAGGGAGAGAAAGCAGAGGUCACAUUUAGACCAGAGGACUCCAUCAUACUCCCGCGAGAGCGCAAUGAGGACGAGCCUGCAGAGCCUGUUCUUGGGGAGGGCUAUGUCUUUCCUCUUGGGACCUUUGACUCCGUGCUGACUGGUCAGGGAUUGGUGGACAGGGCACUGUCUACUGCAGCUGAGCUCCAUGCCUUUGCCUCUACACACAAGAGGCCUCCUGAGAGCCACGAUGCUUGUACCAACACAGACCCAGCUUCUCCUCACUCAGAUACAGGCAUUUCUGCCCAACCUACUGUCACUUCUGCUGCUUCUGGACCUGCUGCUCUCCCUCCUGAAUUGUUCCUGAAUCUGCGGUUCCCUAGAGACCCUCCUGUCCACGACACAGAGACAUCGGGGGAGAAACGACCAGAGAGAAACACGGGUCGUCAGUUCAUAAAUGUGAUAGAUCUGGAGGAUGGGGCUCUGCUACAGGAGUUGACAUCGUGCCCCCGCCCUGCGGUGCGGGAUCAUAACGUCAACCCCUCUCAGCCCUCUCCCCCCACCUCRGCACAGCUCCACCUGCUGGCAGCCUCCGUCACCAACUCAGCCCCUUCGGAACUCACUGCAGACACCAGCACAGAGGACGACCAACCCCAAGCUCAGCCAGAUGGCUUCUCUGUAGCGUCCCUUCCACCUGCCCACCCUGAGCCCAGUGGAGACCCAGUGACUCGCAGUCUGCUGCAGGAGAGGAGAGCCCCAGGCCGCUCCCUGGAGACCCAUCGCGGAGCUCCAUCCAGGGCCCCAGUGAUCCAGGCGUCUGCCCGUCUGUCUGAGAUGGACGCCCAGCUAGCUGCCUUGCAGAAYAUUGCAGAUCACAUGGAGAGCGAGUUUGCCAAUACCAGACUGYUGGUGAGCACCAUUGAGACUCUGGGUCCUGCCAUGGCUCCUGAAAGGGUGGAGGGAAGAACACCAGUGAACAAGACAGUCACUCUGGCCACCUCACCAGAAGGGUGGAGAUCACAUCUGUCCGUGCACCAUGACCUUGAGCUAGCGGGUCUUCGACAGGAAGAGGAGGAGGAGGAGGAAGGACCUGAUAGUGUCGUAGUCAGCUCUGCUCCUUGGGGWGUGAAACAGCCCUUCUCUCUUUCUMCUCACACUCCUGCCRUCCAGAGCACCUCGACCCUGCACCAGCCCACACCAACAGGCCUGUGGUUGUCUCCCGUCAGACCAGAACCAGAGCAGCGUGUGUGGGACAUGGGUCAAGAUUUGACAGACACUAUGGAUGGAGCACCUGGGAAAUGGGCAGAGGAGACUCUGGGUCUCAGUGGGCUGAGUGAUGUGGCAGACAUCUUGGCGGAGUUGGUGAGGGAGGGAGGCAUCUCCCCCACGGCACUGGGACUGUCGCACACCCAAGCUGCCCGCCUCAACAGCAGGCUGGACCAGCAACAGAGCGGCAGGGCGGGACAGAGGGGCAUGCGAGCAGAGGAGGAGAGGCGAGAGCUGAGGGUUUGGAUGAGAAGGAAACAGAGGGAGAAACUGGUUGAGUACCGCAGACAGAGGGAGGAGAAGAGGGAGAGGGAACGCAAACCCUUCUCGGCCCCAGUCACACUGAAACCAACGUCCAAAGAUAUAAACAUCAAUAAGAAAAUCAAGGAAGAGAAAGACAARACGGUUCUGCUGGAGCACCACAAUCAGCGGGCCCGCGAUGCCUGUAGUCUGAUCACAGACCUCCUCACCACCCCACUGACCCUGCCCAAUAACGCCAACCGCACCCUGAACCUACCCGCCACCUCCACACGACCCCUUACAGCUCAGACUGUCGGCAGCACCCGCAGCAGCCCCAGAGGUCGUAGUCUGUCUGUUGGGGGGAGGAGGAGGACAAGUACCAAACCCCAGACUGGGAGAGCCCGCUCCCUCUCCUCUCCAGGGGUGACACCACGUUCAGAAAGACGGCCUGCGUCGUCAGGGGGGCAGGAGACACUGACUUCCAGAUUGGGACUGCACAGACCAGCGAGUUUUCUGCCAGGGGACCGCCUCUCCCAGGUGACCCGGCGGGGUAUGAUCACAGACCUGAGGGGYAGGACUGGGACUGGGCCUAAGACACCCAGCCAGCAAGAGUGGAGAAGAGAAGUGAUCCAGUCGUCACCUGGACGGAGAGGUGGAGGAACAAGGGAGCAGAGAGAGACUGAAGAGAGGGAGGAGGAGGUGGUGAGCCCAUGGAACCCCCCUCCAGAGAUCUGCAGGUUGCUGGGGCUGGAGAACUCAGACGGCCAGGGUGGUGUGGUGGCUAGAGCUGGGGGAACAGGGCUGGACAGACUGGAUACCCUGUCAGAGAGCACUGGCAGCAUCCUCAGCAAACUGGACUGGGCUGCCAUUGAAAGCAUUGUGGCCUCGGAAGGGGCCAUCUGAUUGACUUCGAGCAUCCCCAUCGGCAUGCAGGAACGAGGAUGACUAUCUUGAGGGACAAGAGGAGCACAGGGUCACAAGGGAAGGAUCACAACACAACAUUAAAACCAUUGAUGUGCCUAUACGCUGUGAUAUUACUUGAAAGCGUUUCAACUGUUCACGGGAGCAUUUGGAGGGCAGUCAGUACUGUGUGUCUUGUCAUGCAUCCUCUUGGUACCAGCUUGUACCAGAGAAUCAGCAUCAUCAUAUUGGUACUCAUGCCAUAUCUUUGUAUUGUAUGAGUUUGUCAUGUCUAUUUUUGGAGAUCCAGUGUGUGUAUAUGACAUUUUUGUUUUGGGUUUUAAAUACCUGCAUAUUUAUUUAUUUUUGUGUGAACAUAUAUAACCAGCUGAUGUGGGCGGCAGGUAGCCUAGUGAUUAGAGCGUUGGACUAGUAACCGAAAGGUUGCACGAUCGAAGCCUGAGCUGAC